AUGAAGGCGAUCGGGUCUGAUGGGAGGGCUCGUUUGGUGCCCUUCUUCAAGUGCGUGUGCGUGUACUUCGCGGCGGGGGGCGGUGCCUCCGUUACGGGUGCUGCUCUCAAGGUGGCCCCCGUACUAUGUCUGCUGUUGUGUGUACUACUGAGAGCCUUCGCCCCUACUACCACCAAACACCAGCGGCGAUACGCGUUGCUGAUAAGCGCUGGUCUAGCGCUGUCUGCUGCUGGGGACGCGCUGCUAGUAUGGCCUCAUCGCUUGGAGGGGGGAAUGGCAGCGUUUGCUGGCGCUCAUAUAUGCUAUAUGGCAGCAUUCGGGUUCCGACCUACAGCACCGCUAUCAGCAUUGAUUAUGCUGCUAGGAGCGAUACUAUAUGUGCAUAUAGUGUCACCGCCAGCACAUUUAUCAAUACCGGUGACUUGUUACGCCUUGCUGCUCGGCGGCAUGGCCUGGCGAGGAUCAGCUAAGGCAGGUCCACAACGUCUUGGAUCUCUUCUGUUCGUAUUAUCUGACGCUAUGCUCGGAUACACGCUGUUCUCUGGCACCCUGCCACAUCAACAGUUGCUGGUAAUGUCAACGUACUACGUGGCACAACUUUGCAUUUCACUUAGCGCGUUGGAACUUCCACGAGAACCAAUACACUAG